AUGGACCUCAUCUUCCGAGUUCUACGGACCUGGCCAAAAAUGCUGGCCGAAGAAUUCCAAGUCCCGCCUCUAUUCCACCCAAGUCAGAUCAUACCAACGAAAAAGCUGCCGCAACCAUUGGCGAACUGUAUAACCCUAGCCAAGACAUGGCAUGGGCAGUGCGCCGGCUCAGAAGAACUGGUCCGCAAGACGAUCAUGCGGGAACUAGACAGCAUUGUCGAUCAACCCGAGCAACUCGAUGGUGUAGAUCUCGUCGCUGUAUUACAGGCUAUAGUCAUAUACGCAAUCAUCCUUAUCUCCCCGACAGCGAAUUCCGAAGGCCCGCGCGCAGACCAUAGCGAAGUCUUUCGCCAGAUCGAGCGGCUAGUCUACCACGUCGUCCGCACUGGGCUUUUCCUCCCAGAAGAAAAGGAUCAGGCGAGACUCAGCUGGGCUGCAUGGAUACACAUCACAUCCAAGCGCCGUGCAGUACUUGCUUUGUAUCUUCUACAUUGGGCGUACUCCGUUCUCUACCGAGUGCCCUGCUUUGAUUGUAGGGACCUAGGGUUCAUGCCAGCGCCAACAGCGAAGGUUCUUUGGCAGGCGCCGACAGAACAGGAAUGGAAGAAAAGCUAUCUUCAGUGGUUGGCGAGGUGGAAUGGUCAGUUGUAUCUGCAAGGGGAGAUUGGUAAUAUUCGGCCGGGUCCUGUCAUGGAUGCCAGAGCGGAACGAUGGCUGCAAGAGGCUGAUGAGUUUGGAUUUAUUUUUAUAUCUAUCGUGAAUGCGACAGACUUUGAUCCCCCGGCGCUCAAAGUCUUAGCGCAUUAA